AUUUUCGUAAACUGUGCGAUUAAAAUUUCAGAGAAACAAGACGGCGAUGCGGAACGUCUCUGAUAAAAAGAUAUCCGGUAGUGCUAGAAACUAGUGUUUCUGACGAUCUCUUCCAUUCAUGUCGCUGAAUCAGAAACGACGAUACGCGGCGACAUAAUGUUGUAGCCGGUUGGGCGCGGACACCCGAUAUAUAAGAGCAAGCCAGUCGGUUGGCGAGCCACAGUGCGGUCCGAUGGGAUAGGUACAACCGAUUCUCUAGUCUAGUAGCGUGUAAGAUCCCAACAGGAGAGAACGUGCCAAGUUCCAACGACGCGACGAGCGAUGCUGCAUUAACCGCGUCUGGAAACGAAGAAACCACCGUAACUUUUCCUUUCUUCGGAUAAUUAUCGCAAAACUAUUCGAACCAACGAUUCGCGGUGUCUGUUGCGCGACAAUCUUCUCGAAUGUUUGCCACUCGAUGAACUUUUCCAUCUGAAUACAGUAAAGGUGAUCGUUCGUCGCCAGGGAACAAAUCUGGUGAGUGAAAUACGCGUAAAAAUCGUAGACAUUGAGAGAAGAAUAGAAAGAAGAAUCUGAUAGAAUUAAGGACAGCGACGACGGUGUGCACGUGCGACACGAGGAAACGAUUUGAUGCUUUGGGAAGGGAAGUCUGCUCUCGUAGGAGGGCACCGUGCCAGGAAGCCGAUAUUGAUGUGAACGAGACCCUACGGAAAAUCACGGAAAAAUGUGGCGUUUAGCGUUUCUUGCAAUUAGCGCGGUAAUGGCUGGGGAAUCGGGUCCAGAAAUUGAAUAUCCCGAAACUCCGAUAGAAUAUUCGCCUCUGCCCCAGGAAGAGGAUAUGCCCUCGCCACUUCCGGGAAUGUUAUAUCCACGGGAAAGUGAAUCGCGAGAGGUGAAAUCUCUAGAUGGUAUGUGGGAUUUUGUCAUUUCCCCAUCGGGAGACGCGCUGAUGGGUUAUAGAGAGGCAUGGUUUGCCGAUGAACUAUCAAAGGUAGGAAACGCGAUGCAAAUGCCAGUACCUUCGUCGUAUAACGACAUUACAACCUCCAGGGAUUUAAGAGAUCAUAUGGGCAGCGUUUGGUAUCAACGAUCUUUCUUCGCACCUCCUUCUUGGCGAGAACAAAGAGUCUUUGUCAGAUUUGGUUCUGUCAAUUACCUCGCGCAAGUGUGGAUAAACGAUGAUCUGGUAACCAACCAUGAAAUGGGUCAUCUUCCGUUUGAAGCUGAGAUAUCGUCGUAUUUGAUUUAUGGCGGUAAAAAUCGCAUAACCGUCGCGGUUGAUAAUACUUUGCUUCAAACUAGCGUACCACAAGGAAAAAUUGUCUUCACUCCCGUCGAUAACGGAACGAUACGCUUGCAAACUUACACUUUCGAUUUUUUCAAUUAUGCUGGCAUACACAGACCAGUUUUGCUGCAUACGAAACCACGCGUCUACAUCGAAGAUAUUACUGUAAAGACCGGACUAAUCGGUGAUACUGGUAUCGUAAAAUACAUAAUUCAACCGGCAGGCCUGCAGGAGCAUGAAAUUCCUAUCUGUAGAGUAAGCCUGUUCGAUGCCAAGGAUAUUUUAGCUGUACAGGAGCCUAUUUACGGACUUUCCGGUACGCUGAAGGUACCAUUUCCUAAGCUCUGGUGGCCUAGGGGUAUGAAUCCUAGUCCUGGAUACCUUUACACCCUAAAGGUUACAUUGUCGGUGGCGAAUGACAGCAAAGUAGACGUCUACAGGCUUCCAAUUGGCAUCAGAACAUUGACCUGGACGAAUACGAGCUUAUUACUUAACGAUAAGCCCGUGUACAUGCGAGGAUUCGGUAGACACGAGGAUUCGAUUCUGAGAGGACGCGGUCUCGACUUGGUCACCGUUGCUAGGGAUCACGAGCUACUACAAUGGAUCGGUGCUAAUGCCUAUAGAACCAGUCAUUAUCCUUACAGCGAUGAAGUACUAGAUACCGCUGACCGGUUAGGCUUUCUCAUCAUCGGCGAAUGUCCUUCGGUAGACACUGAAAAUUUUUCACCGAUUCUUCUUGCACGUCACAAAGACUCGUUAUCGGAGCUCAUAAGAAGAGAUAAGAAUCGACCUUCGGUAAUUAUGUGGUCCAUCGCAAAUGAACCCAGGACGCAACUUCCGGAAGCUGGUGAAUACUUUAAACAAGUUGCUCAUCAUAUGAAAGCACUCGAUCCUACCAGACCAAUUACUAUUGCCAUGGCUCGAGGAGUUCAGGAAGACAAAGCAGGCGAAUACCUUGAUGUAAUUAGCUUUAAUCGUUAUAACGCUUGGUAUAAUAACCCAGGUCGGCUCGAUACAAUAACGACCAGAGUUAUAGAAGAGGCUGAAGCGUGGCACAGAAAAUAUAAUAAGCCUGUGCUUAUGUCCGAGUAUGGGGCUGAUACUAUGCCUGGAUUACACGAGUUGCCUGAAUAUAUAUGGAGCGAAGAGUAUCAGAAAGAAGUAUUAUCUAAACAUUUUGAAGCCUUCGAUCAACUAAGAAACGAAGGAUUUUUUAUUGGAGAAUUUAUUUGGAAUUUUGCCGAUUUUCGAACAGCUCAAACAUUCAUUCGAGUAGGUGGCAACAAGAAAGGUGUAUUUACAAGAGAUAGACAACCAAAAAUGGCAGCUUAUCAUGUUCGAAAAAGGUAUUAUUUUCUUCAAAAGGAAUUGGACGGAACAGAAAUACCGACAGAUCUCGAAGAUUAUAUAUCGCUUCAUUAUUCCUUUCAUUCAAGACUUUAAUAUCAUAUCUUUUAGUAUUUUGCUAUUUUUGUUAAUCACUUUUUAAAGAGAACAAUUUGUUAUUUAUCUAUAUGUAAACAUUGUAUCAAAAUUA